AUGAUCAAGUUACAUAAUUUCUUCACAUUUUUCCUCUCCAUUUUACCCUCCAUUGUAUCUCAGAACCUUGGUAAUUGUGAUCGCUCAUGCCCAGGUGGCCAGUUCAAUCUCGUCCCCUACCCAUUCGGCUUCUCUUCCGGCUGCCAAGUCCAGCUCAAUUGCACCUCCAAUGGCACCGUUUUUAUCAAUGAAUUCCCUAUCCAAGAAAUCACCCCCGACGGCUUACUUGUCAACCUCCCCACCAUGUGCGGCCGUGCCGUCGACACCAUCAGCCACCUCUAUGGUGAACACUAUGCUCCCACGUCGACCAACAACAUCCUCAUGGAAAACUGCAAAGAGAAGAAGAUGUCGAACUGUGCGAUUCCGAUGAGGAUUGUACGAACCCAACUCCAGAUUACCAAUUGCAGCGGCGUUCGGGAUGGUUAUGACGGUAACGUGAGUUGUUACUCCGGUGAUAGUACUCGUAUGUUUUUUGAUUAUGAAAACGUGACAAGGAUGGGAUGCCGGUUUUUGUUUUCCGGGGUUGUACUGUCGGAGGAGAUUGGGGAUAACCUGGUGUCUGUGGACAUCCAAGUCUUUAAGUUGGGGUGGUGGCUUAAGGGAACUUGCGAUUGUUCUGGUGAUGCUGAUUGUACAAAAAUUGUGUCACCGUCGGAUGGAAGCGAUGGGCAUCGGUGUACGUGUAAAAGCGGAUUCGUCGGAGAUGGGUACAAAGCCGGCUCCAGUUGCCGGAAAGUUGAAGGCAUGUCAUCAAUCCGCCGGAGCUUUUAG